CUUCUCACUCCACCACGCGCCAACCAGCCCACGUCUGUUCGUUCUUCUCCAUCCGGUAGAUCAGCACAUCAAGAUGGGCUCUAUCGUCCUCCCGCACCUGCACACUGCGUGGCACACGGACCAGGCGAUUCUCAGCGAGAGCGAGCGCCUGGUCGUCAUCCGGUUCGGCAAGGACGGCCACCCGGACUGUCUGCGGCAGGACGAUGUGCUGGCCAAGGUUGCUGAGAAGGUGAAGUCUUUUGCUGUGAUCUAUCUGUGUGAUAUUGAUGAGGUGCCGGAUUUCAACUCGAUGUAUGAGCUUUAUGAUCCCAUGACGAUAAUGUUCUUCUUUCGAAAUAAACACAUGAUGUGUGAUUUUGGAACGGGUAACAAUAACAAGUUAAAUUGGUUACUAGAAGACAAACAAGAACUUAUCGACAUCAUCGAGACAAUCUACCGGGGCGCGAAGAAAGGCCGUGGUUUGGUGGUCAGUCCCAAAGACUACUCCACCCGGUACAGGUACUAGCACAUAUCUUUGGUUGACAGGGUUGGAGAAAUGGUCUCGCAUGUCAAUAUACAUAUGCGGUCCGGAACUUUUAUGAUGACGAGGUUUAAUGCGAUACAAUUAUGAUUAUGUGUGUGGAUACUACUUCUAUCUCGUGCUUAUGUGUGUUUGAGAAGGAUGGUAUGGUGUAGGCAGGCCGGUGCCCU